AUGGGUCGUUUUAAGAAGAGCGAUGUUGGUGCAUUGGUUUUGGUGGUGCUAGCAACUUGGUUGUCGUUGGUGGGGGGAGGAAGUGAUCAGCAGGCAGAGGAGCAGAAUCCAGAGUGUGCAGCGCCUUUGCUCGCAUGCGCCAAAUACUUAAACUCAACCAGUACUCCGCCCGAGUCAUGCUGCAACGCUGUUCAAGAAACCAUAAGGAACCAAUUUGUUUGUCUCUGCAACUUCUAUAAAAGCGGCCUCCCACAAUCUCUUGGCAUCAACGUCACACAAGCCCUUGAGCUACCCAAGUCCUGUGGAGUUAAGACUAAACUUACUGGCUGCAGCAACGUUGCUGCAUCUUCUGCCUCAUCUCCAUCAGUUCCACCUCCAUCUCCCCAAGCAGAGAGUGAUGGAAGUGGGGCGGCGAGCAAGAUAGCAUGGACGGGAAUGUGGAGAUUGCUUUUACUUUGGAUUUCCGUGAACCCCAUUGGAGGACUUCGUUUUCUUCUUUGAUUCUAUUAUUCAGAUUUAUUAAUUUGAACAAUGAUUUGGUGAUUGCUGUAGUUCUUCCUCCUUUUUUUCCUUAAAAAAAUUGAUAACUUCUUCGUUCUUGUACUCAUGAAAGUAGUUAUAUUAUAUAUAGGAAAUAGAAGAAACCAUGUGAAG